UUCCGGCCAAAAAAGCAAUAAAAAAAUGCCACCAACAGACACCCACAGCCACAGCCACGGUUCUUUCUUAAACCGCAUAAGUAUCCGGCGUAACCAAGUCAUAUCAAUGGACGUAAACCAUGAUCAAGAACUUGAAGAACUCGACUUAUUUCAAAAACACGUAACAGACCGUUUUAUGCACCUCUUACCACUUAUUCCUAUCACCGAAAACGAUCAAAGUACACAAUUUGAAGAAGAGACAGUGAUGCUGUUAUCCAUUGAAUGGUUUAGGAAACUUUUAGAUGUGUAUUUAUGUUGUGAGUCUGAGUUUAAGGCGGUUUUGAUAAUAGGACGUGAGUCGUCCCAUUUUACAAAACCGCCUUUAGAUAAGCUGUUGCCCGAUCAUUUGGACCGGACUGUGAAAGCUUUGGAUGUGUGCAAUGCGGUGACGCAUGGGAUUGAGUUAAUUAGGCAUUGGCAAAGACUUGCUCAGAUUGCUGUUGAUGCGUUACAGCAACGGCCCUUUGUUAAUCAAGGACAUGUUAGAAGGGCUAAAAGAGCGUUGAAUACGCUUUUGACUUCUAUGGCUGUUGAUGAUCACAAGGAGAAUAGUGUCAAUUAUGUUGGGAAAUCCGCUGAACGAAUGUGGUCCAUUGGUCGACGUGGUGGUGCUGGUGGCGGCCCUCCUCCUUCCCCUGUGGUUAACCAUAAUAGGAGGAUAAGUGCAUCCAGGUCAUUCUCUUCUUGUUUCUCGAAAUCAUGGUCUGCAGCUAAGCAAAUCCAGGCAAUGUCGACAAACCUUGUGGCGCCACGUGGGGGUGAGCCAACAGGUUUAGCACUUCCGGUUUACAUAAUGAGUUCAGUUUUGGUUUUGGUCAUGUGGGCAUUGGUUGCAGCAGUUCCAUGCCAGGAACGGGCCGGGCUAGGUGCACAUUUCCAGCUUCCAAGGCACCUUGCGUGGGCCGUUCCAAUGAUUGGAUUGCAAGAGAAGAUAGGAGAAGAGUGGAAGAAGAAAGAAAAGAGAGGGACUGCAGGGUUAUUGGCAGAGAUUCAAGGUAUGGAGAAAGUGGCUCAAAAUCUUGUUGACUUUGCAGACGGGUUUGAGUUCCCGAUGGGGACUGAGAAAGCGGAUGAAGUGGCGGCACAGGUGGCAGAGCUUGCGGAGAUAUGCCGGAAAAUGGAGGUUGGGUUAGGGCCAUUGCAGUUGCAAGUUAGGGAAUUGUUUCAUAGGAUGGUGAGGAGCAGGGCUGAGGUGCUUGAUCUCAUGGAUCAAGUUGGUAAAAUUGCCACCUCUGUUAUUUACUAA